AUGCCUCCACCUCUCACAACCGCAUCCUUCAUCUGCGCAAUGAACUCCUUUGCACCACCAAAGGCGACUUGUCCAUUUCAGAUUACCGGGGCAAAAUCAACUCCAUUGCAGAUAAUCUUGCACUCGCUGGAAACUGACAAUCUCAGCUCCGCAUCCACACUGGCUCCGGGAAAUUAUCAGAAACUAAUGGAGGAGGAAAAGCUUGAUCUGAUCAGCAGCUUACCAUUUGAAUUAAAACAGAGAAUUAUAUCCUUCUUGCCAUUGAAAGAGGCAGUAAGCGCUAGUGUCCUUUCAACUCAUUGGAAGAGCCUCUGGUCUCCAAUUCAGGUAAGCUUGAAUUUUGAUCCAAACCCAGUAAACCAUGAAGGCUCAGGUCAAGAAUUCAACCAAGUUAUGGGAAUGUGCAUGAGGUCCUAUGCUUGUCUUGAGCAAUGGAAGCUGUGCCUCAAUGUUGUUGACAGCAAUGAAGCACUGAUUCUCAAAGCCACCAAGGGGGUUGACAGAGAGCUUCAUCUAGAAUUUUUUGAAACAAAGAAAGUUUCAAGAGAUUUCAAAUCAGAGCCAACAUCAACAAGUGCUUGUUUGUGCCUUCACAGCCAUCAUCCUACACAAACAGAUAGUUUUGCUGGGGUGAAGCUUCUCCACCUCAGAUCAGUCACCAACCUCACUAAAACCCUGGUGUCUGAAGUUUUCUCCAAUUGCCAUGUUCUUGAAAGCUUGAAGCUUGAGAAAUGCACGGGACUGGACAGCCUUGAUGUGAAAACAGAUAGCCUGAGGAGCUUGGUGGUCGCAGACUGUUUAAACAUGGCUGCCAUUACAAUUUCUGCACAAAAUCUCAAAUCAUUUUGGUUCCAUGGUGCUCUCCCCCAGAUUAUCACCCUAAAAAACACGAGAAGCUUGGUUGAUGUGGUGCUCAAUUUGAAGGAUGGACCAAUCACCAAUGAGUUUGACUGUGAGGAAAUUCUCUCCAUCCUUUUCUCUUUCAAGGAUGUUGAGGCUCUCACUAUAAGUGGCUGGCUUCUUGAGUGGCUGUGUUCAGCAGGAGUGAUUUUUGGGAGGCUUGAUUUCCAAUUCAACAAGUUAAAAGCAUUAACUUGGAUCGACUCUUUGAUCAACAAGGACAAAAGAGACUCCCUUGCUUGCUUCUUAAAUGCAUGUCCUUUGCUGGAGAAAUUGUUGGUUGAGAUUGACAGCAACCUCAGCACCAUCCCCUGCCCAUUGUUCUACCAAUACUGGCAUGAGCCUCACCUUUGGAUGGACUUCACAAGUGUCAAGUCGAACACUUCACAGCUCAAGCACCUUAAAAGCAUUGAGUUGCUGGGCUUCACUGGCAGAGACCAUGAAUUGCAACUAAUGGAUCUUCUGCUUGAAAAGGCAAUUAGGGUCAACUCAUUGACUUUAACUUGCCCUGAAUUUUUAUCAUAA